CAACUAGAGCUGCAGACUCCACCCUCUUCACCCCUCCCCACGUUCCCUCUUUUUCUGUUUCUGUCUCUCUCCCGCUAUCUCUGUUGCUGGCUCGCUCUCCAAAGCCGUCUCCCAGUCUGUCAUUUGACCAGGCAGUUCACAGAGGCAAGAGCUCAGCACCAAAAAGAAAACAGAGGAAACAAGAGAGACACACUGAAGGGAGCGCAUUCAGUCUAGUGAUAACCUCGCUGGAAUGUUUCCUUGGCUGCUUUUCACCAACUGAAAAACCCUGUGAGUGCGGAUUUCUUCUUCUUUUAAAGACUCUUUCUCUUCUUCAGUCUGGAUGUGGGCUUUAACUCUGUCUGCUGUCAACUGAGGAGGAGGAUCAGCUGACACCUUUUUGGGGAUUUAUACAUUGGGGAGUGAACCUCUACUUGUGUGAGGGUGAGAUAGGGGGGAGCAAGAGGAACAGGGGGAGAAAGAAAAAGUGCCGGGCCAUGCCCACCUCUGCUCAUGGUUCAACAGCAUGAAAGGGGGCCACCAUCACCAUCGCCACCAUCGAGGCUGUGGCUGCCAGCAUUUGUUCCGUAAAGUUCUGGCCAAGUGUGGCUGCUGCUAUGCCCGAGUCAGAGACUCAUACUCAACAGCAGGCAGCGAGGGCAGCAUCUCCACUUCUGUGGCGUCCUUGCCCCCACAGGCAUCGGGCAGUUCAGUCCCCAGCUCUCCAGGCUCCAGACGCUCUGUGAGCACCCUGAAGAAGUGGCUUACAAAUCCUGUCCGCAAACUCAGUGCCGGGGCCAAUGCCAAAGGGGAGCGUCAGGUCCGCAAACUUGAAGGAAAGCCUCCACCGCCUUCAUCCCACUGCUACAGCCAAGACCUGGGUAGUCCACCAAGGCCCAAUGACACUCUCACUCACAAAGAACUGGAGUGGAAAGAUGGCCUGGCAAGCCCUGAAGACCUGUCACCUGCUACAUUACAGUCCCCCAGCUACAUAACAGACUCACUGAUUGGCUGCAUGUCAUUGCCAAACACCCAGGACACUCAGUCCACCGGUGUCCUGCCAGAUGACAGCGGCUCUAUGUUGAUGGAUGACACCUCCAGUCAAUGGUCAGCCGUGGCUGACACUGAGGAGGAGAGGGGAAGUGCCUUGGAGAAAAGCAUGUAUGUACUGAAGGAGCUUGUUGAGACAGAGAAGCACUAUGUGGAAGACCUGGGGUUCAUAGUGGAGGGCUACAUGGCCACAAUGAGCUCCAAAGGUAUCCCAGAGGACAUGAAGGGAAAGGACAAGAUUGUGUUUGGGAACAUUCACCAAAUAUUUGACUGGCAUAAAGACUACUUUCUGGGGGAGCUUGAGAAGAGUUUGGCAGAGCCAGAGAAGCUGGCUCAGCUCUUCAUUAAACAUGAGAGGCGUCUGCACAUGUAUGUCGUAUACUGUCAGAACAAGCCCAAGUCAGAACAUAUCGUCUCAGAGUACAUCGAGACUUACUUUGAGGAGCUGCGUCAGCAGCUGGGCCACCGGCUGCAGCUCAAUGACCUGCUUAUCAAACCUGUCCAAAGGAUCAUGAAGUACCAGCUGCUGCUCAAGGACUUUCUGAAGUAUUACACCAAAGCUGGGAUGGACACAGAGGAUUUGGAGAAAGCAGUAGAAGUGAUGUGCUUUGUGCCAAAACGUUGCAACGACAUGAUGAAUGUAGGCCGACUACAAGGCUUCGAGGGGAAGAUCACCGCCCAGGGGAAACUGCUCCAACAAGACACCUUCACUGUUACCGAGCAGGACAGUGGCUUCCUGUCUCGAGCCAAGGAAAGAAGGGUCUUCCUGUUUGAGCAGCUGGUCAUUUUCAGUGAGCCAAUCGACAGGAAGAAAGGUUUCUCACUCCCUGGGUACAUCUUCAAAAACAGCAUCAAGGUGAGCUGCCUAGGGGUGGAGCCCAGCGUGGACGGCGAUGAUGCACGCUUUGUGCUCACAUCACGUAACCCAGACGGGAGUGUGGUGCGCUUCCAGUUGCAAGCCUCCUCCCCUGAGAUCUGCAGGGCCUGGAUCAACGAUGUGGUUCAGAUCUUGGAAUCUCAGCGCAACUUCCUCAAUGCCUUACAGUCACCUAUUGAGUACCAACGGCGAGAGAGCAAGUCUAACAGCCUGGGCCGCAGCAUGAGGCCCCCUCUGUCUGCAGCCAGCACCCUGCGGCCCCACUCCUCUGCUUCUAUUGAUCGCCAUAAGCUGCCAUCCCUUCACUCUUACAACACCUCUCUGCCUGCGCUCCACCUGCCUAGCCAAGGCCAGGGCCAAGGACCUAUUGAGACAAUCUCACUGUGGGAUCCCACUGCAGUCCAGCCGUUCCCUGCUGACUUCCACACUGCAUCUCCAUCACAUGUCCAACUGGCCUUCACUGAUCAACCAAACUGUCAAGCUGUGUCAAAUGGCCUGUACAUACCCACCACACAAAGUGCACAGCAGAGGGCAGGAGAGGGCUACCGAAGGGGUCAGGCUUCUGACGCUGGGAGCCAGGCUCCACUGUUGGGUCCCUUGGCUGGGCGACGGCCCAGCAACCUGGCUCAGCUAGAUGAGGAUGACCUAUGAACUCUGACACAUCUGUCAUCUGGGCCAGGAGGACAGCAGCUAAUGCUAAAGUUGCGGAGACAAGAAGACUUGUCUGCUGUCUGUUUAUGCCAGGCUGGAUCCUUACCUGGUUCAACAGUGAUUUCUGGAGUAUAAUGAAGGAUCACAUGAAGGGGUUAUGAGCAGCAACUAGAAAGUGACUUCAUUCCUGUUUUUAGAGAACCAUUUAAAGGGAGGUGACUAGCCUUGGCCACUAUCAGUGUACAUGAACGGCACAUGGUGGGAUGUUGCUGGGCUCAUAGUGAAAACACACUCAGUUUUAUGACAAUUGAUGCUUUUUACCUUUUUGAGAGUUUGGAUACCUUAGUCUUCUCUCUUUCAAAGGGCAAGGGGAAUUUAUUUGAAGAAAAAAUAUCCAUUCCUAAUAGGGGCGGUCACUGGAGCUGUGUGUAUGUCUGAAUGUAUGUUCAUGCAGUGAUGUAUGGAUGUGUCCGAGUGCAUAACAAUGUGCAGUGAGUGCCAGUGGCACUUCUUGUACUCUCUGGUAAAUUUCCUUAAUAAUGUUUUUUUUUCUUCUGAUGCCCCAUUGUGAAAACAAAUCAUUCCUCUGCUGGCAUCUGAGUUUGCUGUUUAUGUCGACCAGAAUGGGAAAGGCAGAACACUUGAUGUGAACAUGUCACAAGGACAUUACUCACUUGACUUUCAUCUGAAAAUCAAGAACUUUAUCCCUUGCCACAGUAUUGAGAGCCCCUGUGUGCUCUCUUAUUCUGUUUGACCGGCCCUUCUUUGAUCUGGACAAAAAAGGUGUGAGGGAGCCCCCUGGAGGAUCUCUGUAGGUAUGACGUCACUUCAGAGCACUUGGCUCUUUUGGCUGCUCCGGAGGAUUUGCUAGGUAGAUGCAAUCAAAAGACUGCGGUGCUGACCCAAAGUGUUGCAUGCAGCAUCUCCUGCUACUUUACACAGAUCUUUCUUUUCAGACAGAAGUGGAUUGCUUGUGAUUUUGGGGACAUGAGUCUUCAAAAUGAAUUGGUUUAAUCUAAUAUUAAUUGUGUUAUUAGUCAACAGCUGUGCACCACUUCUAUAAUCUCUAUUAGCUUUUGCCCUUAUUGAUUAAAUACUGUACAGUGCACAUCAUAAAGACAAUCAUACAUUUACACUUGUAAGAACAACCCAGGAAUUUUGAGAAAUGUCUCAGUUCCAGUUGGUUAAAGUGAAGGAUAAUAUGAUGCUGGAUAAACAGAUUAAAGCUUACAAACCCGCAUGCACCCUCUUCCUCAGACAACUGUGCCAAAAACAACCGCAGCUGCUCUUACUACAUAGCUCAGCUUGUCAUUACUCUUACAAAGCAAUCAUGGAUACCUGUGUUACUAUCUGGGCUGUAAUGCCUAAGUGACAAAAAGAGGAGAGUGGUAUAGAUGAAGGGGGCUAUCCUGCAAACAACAGGUCAGUUCUUUUCUGUGGCCAGUAGAGGGCCCCACAAGGCUUUCACUUCCAGUUUAUUUGGCUCAUACAUCUGCAUCAAAGAUCAAUAGGUCUCAUGGCACAAGACUCACACUGAAGCUGCUUAAUAAUCAGUCUGAAAAAUAACAAAAUUCCUCAAACUAAAGUGAAAGGUGAGACUUUAAGUGAGUUGAACCAUCUCACAGAAUUCUUCUGCAGUUAAUGUGAACUAGUGAGUUUUCAGGGGAAUUACUGAUCAGGCAGUUUUGCAUGUAACACACAGGAAUACCACUACAAAGAACCGAAAGCAAAGACAUAAAACCAUGUGAAGGUUGGUUAAUGUCAUGUUAGACUGAGUAGAAAUUGUUGUAUCAUAUCAAAUAAAAAGUGUC